AUGAACAACUGCAAAUUGAGCAACUUCCGUUUCUUCAUGCAAAAGUUUCAGCAGAAGGCUCUGAAGCAAACUAAGCAGAAGAAAUCCAAGUCGGCUGAAUUUCUGAUGGUUAAAGAAGAUAGAGAAGUUACAGAAGGCAUGGAAAAUCCAGCUUCUAACACGAGCAGCCCAGAUCUCUCAACAUGUCAGACUUCAGAAGGGAAAGUUAUUAGACAUGACAUGCCGGAUCGCACCCUUGCAGCUCAACAAGAAAAAAUCAGGCUGCCAACCUCUGCAGAACCAAAAGGAAAUGACUACAGCAGAAAUUACUUUGACCCACUGAUGGAUGAGGAAAUAAACCCAAGGCAGUGUGGGAUGGAGGUCAGCAGAGAGGGUGAUGACAGAAUUCUCUAUAAUCGAUUAAUGAAGCUUUUUGAUGUCAGUGGACAAGGAGAAUCCCAAGAAAGACCUAAAGUGGUUAUCUUCUUGAGUCUUUGGUCAAUAUUGAAUGACAAGGAAACUUUGCUGGGACAAACAGGUAGGCGCACCAACGCGGAGCCCUUGGAUUCUGAGGAGCCUGAUUCAGAAUUUGAAGGGGAAGGAGUCAGCCAAGAUAUUCCUAGGCCAUCUUUAGAAACUAACAAAAUAUUGAAGAGAACUCCAUGUCCAACAUUGAUUGAAGACUUAACUGUUGGCAAAAAGGGGUGUGCCACCAAAUCCGGGUCUCUCACACAAGUAACUAAGGAUUCCAGGGGAGCAGCAGGAUCUUGCUGCCAGACCCUUCAAAUACAGAUCAAAUGCACUCGGGGUCUGAAGGACAAGGCUUCUCAAGGCUCUGACUUUCUCAGAAUGUCUCUACUGUGCCAACCGGGGAGCUGUGUCUUGCCAUGGUGGCAAACGGAGCACCUGAAGACCAGAACACACUCAGUUCAACACAAUGGGAACUGCUACAAUGUUGGGCUGUAUUUCCAUGAAGUCCUUUGUGUGGUACUCCCUGGAAUGAGAUGUGUGAAACCUGGCCUGGCUUUUUUGUUUGAAUUCUUUCCCUUGGUAGGCUGGGCAAUCUUCCCUUUAUGGGAUAAUAACUUCCAUGUAGUGGAGGGAAAAUUCAAGUGUCCUCUUCUCUGAGGAACUUAUAACCGAACACUGAACAGCUUCAGGAAGAUUGAAGAUUUGAUUUGCCAGGACUUGGACCACUGGCUCUGUAAUCUCUAUUUUCAGGUAAUUGAACUUCCUUUACAUGUGGAUGAUCAGCAAAAGCUUGGAAGCCAUCCUCAGCUUCCCUCUGAAUUUCCAGUAUGUGGUGUAGCAGAAGCAGAGGGAGAAAAAUUUGAUAUGGCUGAUACGUCUGGGACCUCAGAGAAAGAAAUGGAGAAGAACAUUUGUGCAGCAGUGGAUGCUGGAGCCCAAUCUGCCUCUUCUCAGGGGAACUUAUGGAGAGCCCCUAGCAAGAAGACCCCAACUGAUGUGGUUCCUGGACCUCGAUGUCUCAGCCUCAUACCUGUUGUAGCCACCAUCCUGUGUGCCACCAUCAUCAAUGGAAAGGUUGGAUUGUGGUGUAUGGCCUUACUUCUUCUGCCUUUUGAAAUAUUUGGAAGUCAUUAUCAAGGGAGACAGCCUGACCAUUCUGUGAAGGAGAAAUCAAGGUUUUGGAGAUCCAGAGAACUUGAAAAUUAUUCACAGGAUACAUCUUAUGUGGAGGAACUGGAGAAACACCAGUUUUCAGUUUGCUGCCCAGAGGGAAGGGAUGGUGCUGGACCCAGGGAACUUUUCAAGGGUCUUCAUUUUGCACUGGUGACAUUGUGUGCGGAGCUUGAGGUAGCCCAAUGGCAAAGCCAGAGCUUCUGGUACAUUAUUCUGUUGAUGGCUUCUGUCUGGCUCCUCAGGCUCUACCUGCAUUACCUUGGCCAGUGGCUUUUCCUCCAGGCCAUUUCCACUCCAGUUACAAAAUUUCACUUUUUGCUCUACACAGUUGAACUUUGCUACCCAACAUCUUCACUUCAUGUGGGAGAAGAGCUGGCUGUGGUUGCAUUGGGGCCUUUCAUGCUGAACACAAUCAUAUUUCUGUUGGUUCUGAUCAGAUGGGGCUGUCAGCUACUGUUUGCCUUUUGUCCAGACGCCUUGUCAAAGCUCAUCAUUACUAUGGGACUAUGGACAGUUCUGGACCCAUUGGCAGUGUUUAUAGUAGAUGCUUUCCUGGGGAGGCUUAACCAUAAUGAGGAAACUCCUCUUGCUGAAGCAGCAAAGCUCUACUGGAUGUUUGUAAAGAGCAAGCAACCUGGAAUUCUUGGUGUGAUCAUCACUUUGCUACUUUAUGGCCUUCUGUUCAUCAUCUCUUCCUUGAUUUUAUAUUUGUACUGUCUCAGGUCACACAAUGACUCUCGGAUAUUAGAUGUGUUUCAGCACACCCAUAGCGAAGAAAACAAGUUCUUUAUUCCAUAUGAUUUGGAGAUUUCUAAUCAGGAGCUAAGUUACAUAGUGAAAAGAGCUGAGCAGUGGAGAGGGAUCAAUGGUAAAAGAAGGAAGGUGGCAGUGUGUGAUUACCUGUCGAGAGACCAUAGCAUCGAGUCCAGUGUGUCUAGUUGUGACCUCCAACAUCAGAACAAGAUUCCUGUGUCUGCACUGGAUCCAGGAAGUCUGACUUCUCAUAUAGCUAUAUACACAUUGUAUCGCAGUGGGUUCCAAGAGCUCUAUUGCCAUUUUCUCAGACUCCUGGAUGGGGCUAUCAUUGAGGUGUUUGGUGACAUCAGUGCCUUGAAGAUGGUCCCCAGUGAAGUGAUCACAGCCAUUGAGCAGUACCUGAGAUAG